AUGCCGCCCAAUCCAUACCUCCUCGCUGCAGACAACAGCCCCGCGCUGCUGCCCCUCCUCCAAGAGAAUCCUGGCCUCGCAUCCCGACAAGACGAGCACGGCUACUCUCUGAUCCACGCCGCGGCAAGCUACAAUCACCUCGAUCUACUACGAAGCCUUGUGAAGGACUUUAGCGUGCCCGUCGAUUUGCGCGACGAAGACUCAGAGACCGCUCUUUUCGUUGUUGAAACAGCCGAAGCCGCUAGGGUGCUGGUAGAAGAGCUAGGCUUGGAUCCCAAGAUAACUGGGGACGAUGGAUUGACUGCGCGGGAAAAGAUUGAACAAGAGGGGGACUUCCCUGAAGUCGCAGAGUAUCUGAAGAGUCAGGAGACGGCGGGAGCAACAAACGGAAUUACCGUCAAUGGCACAGAUGUGAACGUCGCCGGUGAUCUUCCACCAGUACCUGAAGGCCUCUCGGUGAGAAUGGGUGCAGUGACUGAGCCAGAUGAUGAUAUCGCACCGCCUCCCAAUCCAGAGCUUAGAAGAAGGAUCGACGAGUUGGCGGCCAGAGAGGAUUUCCACACCGAGGCUGGCCAAGCCGAGCUGCGACGAUUGGUGGAGGAGGCAAUUGCUGGGGAGAACCUAACCGAGGAUCGCAACGUUCGUGCAAGACAAGGUUGA